AUGGCCGGCAGUCACAAGGUGAUGAUUCUGCUGGACACCGCGGGCGGCGCCGCGCGCCAGAGCCCCGCUCGGCGGGCUGCCCUGCGUCUCCUCACCUAUCUGAGUUGCCGCUUCGGCCUAGCACGGGUCCACUGGGCCUUCAAGUUCUUCGACUCGCUGGGGGCGCGGAUCCGGCCCUCCCGCGUGUCCGACUUUCGCGAGUUGGGGGCGCGCUCGUGGGACGACUUUGAGGAGGAGCUGGAGGCCCGCCUCGAGGACCUGGCCCACGGCGCCCACCUGCCGGGCCCGGCGCCCAGGGCCACCCAUACCCACAGCGCUCUGAUGGAGACGCUGCUGGACUACCAGUGGGACCGGCCCGAGAUCACGUCGCCUACCAAGCCGUUCCUGCGGAGCCGCGGGCGGAGGCUGCUGGGCGAGGAGAGCGAGGCCCAGGAGGCCGAGGGCGCGCUCGGCGGCCUGGCGAACGCGGUCUUCCUGCUGGCCCCGUGUCCGCGCUCGCGCCGCGAGCUGCUGCAGUUCCUGUUGGGGUGCCAGGCCCAGGCCCAGAGCCCUCCCCCUACCCCCAAGCAGGUGAUGGAGAAGUUGUUGUCCAGGAUUGUCCAGGAAGCCAUGAUCGCCCGGAAGAUCACCUUGUACUGGGUCGAUACCACCGAAUGGGCCGAGUUGUGGGAAUCCCCAGACCAUGUUGGGUUCCAGACAGUAUGUGAGCUUCUCCACCAUGUGGGGGGUACAGUCUUGCCAUCUGAAAUGUUCAGCCAAGAUAUCCCCGAAGAUGGGCAAACGCUGCUCAGCAGGGAGAGAAAGCGAUCAAGUCCACCUCACCGCUCUUCGUGGAUUUCAGCUUUACCAACUGAUUCCACUUUGAACUGCUUGCUUUACAAUGCUCGUGAAUAUGAAGCAUCAUUUCCAUGGGUAGAAGGAACAUUAUUUCUCCCUGUUAAAGGCAAAGAGAUUCAAGAAGCAUGCACAGUCACCCUUGAGCCCUUGACCAUGAAUCAGAACCAUUUUCAGAAGCCUGUCAGGAUUGUUCUAAAGGGCACGGCUGCCCACUGGACGCUCCCAGUGAGUGGCACUUUGGGCACUGAUAGCUGGAUGCUCCGGAGUCCUGAGCAAGACAGAUCAAACCACAAGUUGUUUCAGCAGCUGACAAGUAGGCUGACUGCUGAAGAGUUGCAUUUGGUGGCCAGUGUGGAUCCUGGUGAAGGUUGGCCCCCUGUCACCGGGGUUAUUUCCCCGCUCUCCGCCAGUGCCGCAGUUCUCACUGUCCUCCUCUCGGAAGAUGCUGAAUUUCAAAGACAUUAUCUCCAAAGGGGUAUGGCAGAGAGCUCCCAGGAUACAACUUCCCUUUUGUCUUAUAUCGAAAAUGAUGUAAUGAAGCAGAUUCAUAAUCCGCUUGAAGAGCCUGCUGUUCCUGCUCCUGUACCAGAAUGGACCCAGCAAGAGCUUGGCUGCACUGCUCCCUGGAGUGCAGCUGUGGUGGAGAAGUGGUUUCCUUUCUCUAACCUCAAUGGUGCCAGUUCGAAUUUAAUGGAAUCAUUCUGGUUACUUCAAGCUGCCUCCGCUCAGAAGGACGAGUCCUGCAAAACUGAACAUGAAGUGACAUGUUGUCUCUCCGAGUUCUACCAGAGAAAAUCUCGUGAAGAGUCUGCAGCCGUUGGUCAGGGCGACAGCAGGAGAAAACGGGGGCUUCCACGUACUCCGGUCAGACAGAAGAUGAAUACCAUGUGCCGGUCCUUAAAGAUGUUGAAUGUUGCAAGGCUCAACGUGAAGGCUCAGAAGUUGCAGCCAGAUGGCAGUCCAGAUGGAGCUCAGGAGAAAGGGAUCCAAAAGACAGCUGGCGGAAGGACAGCAGAAAAGUCGGAAGACAAAGGAAGAACAUUAAGAAGUUCUAAAGCUAAAGAUUUUAAAACUGAGGAAGAGCUACUAUCUUACAUACAUGAAAAUUACCAAAAGACUGUGGCCACUGGAGAAAUUCCGUUGUAUUCAUGUGCUCAGAACCUGAUCUCAACAUUUAAAGCAUUCUUAAAAUCCCAAGGCACCAAGGAAUUAGAAAUGAACUGCUUGAAGCAAAUAAAAGAUAACCUCUUAAAAACCAGUAAAGGUCUUCGGCAGAAUCUAGGAAAGAUACUGAAUAAGGAAGUCAAAGUCAGGGAGUGCCAGCUUCAAGUAUUUCUUCGUUUGGAGCUGUGUCUACAGUGCCCUCUAAUUCAAGAAAGUGCCGAUGAUAUGGAACAAAUAGUGGAGGAGGUGGCAGGUUUGUUGCGCAUAGUGUCUUUAACUGAGGAUUCCGCCUACCUAGCAGCGUUUCUGGAGGAAAUUUUGGGAUUGUAUACCGACUCUGUCCCAACGACACUGGGCGCUCUUUACGACAGCCUUGGGUUUCAGAUUCCUCAGAAGCUGGCGAGUGCCCUUCCUUCAGACUUUUUCAGUGAUGACUCCAUGACACAGGAGAGCAAGUCACCAGGACGUUCUGUGCCUCGUUUACCGAGCACUCGUCAGUCAGUGCCACCAACUGGAGGAGCUGAUUCCAACCAACUGGAGGAGCUUCGCACCAGGUCAGCCAAGAAGAGAAGAAAAAAUGCAUUAAUCCGACAUAAAAGCAUCGCAGAAGGCUCACAGAAUCUUCGACAGAUUGAAGUCCCGAAAGUGUCCAAGAGAGCUGCAAAAAACAACUCUCACUGUACUCUGCAGCAGCCUCCACUCUCAGUGAAGGAAACCGUACAAGAAGUGACCAAAGUUCGAAGAAAUCUCUUCAACCGGGAAAUGCUGUCUCCUUCAAAGAAAUCACUAAAGCGGGGGUUUCUUCGAAGCCAUUCGUUGUCAGCUGUAGACGGUCUGGAGUAUAAACCUGACAACUUCAAGAGAACAAAAGAAUAUCAUAAACUGCUGACUAAGAGUGUGGCAGAGACUCCAGAACAUAAGCAAAUUUCCAAAAGACUGCUCCAUAAACAGAUCAAGGGCAGGUCCUCUGAUCCUGGUCCUGACAUUGACAUUGUUGAGGAGUCCCCUGAAAAAGAAGAAAGUGAACUAAAUUUGAGACGAAGUCCUCGAAUCAAGCAACUAUUAGCCAAGAAGACACAUUCUUGUUCCUUCUACUCAGCAUCUCACCCAAAGUCUCGAAGUGUACAGAGAGUUCACUCCUUUCAGCAUGACAAGUCAGGUCAAAGAGAAAAUUCCCCAGUUCAAAGUAUUCGGUCUCCCAAAAGACUUCUUUUUGGGGCAGUGUCUGAAAUGACCAGCCCCUCAGGGAAGGUCUCAGCCCAGUCGACAAGGCCUUCAAGAAACACAGACUCUAAGCUACCUACAGCUUAUCAGACGCCCAAGAAGAAUUCCUGGAAAUCCCCGAGAUCUUCUACAGCAACGCCAGGAAGGCCCCCUCGUACACCACAGGCUCCAAGCUACCCCCCAGAAAGGCUGUUGGGACCUCCUGCAGAAGUGACCCCUGAAAAACAGGCAGCGUUUCAGGAGCCCCUAAAGGACCCUUCCUCGUCUGGCUGUGAUUCACCCUCUGAACUGACAGUAACUCCUCAAAAAGGAUUCUUGCUGGCACAAGGCCUCACCUGCCCUCCACGAAAGAAGAUGCCAAGAACUCCCACCGGGCACGCUGCUCAGCCCGCCAAGAGCCUGCAGACUGGUACUUGGUCACAGUCAGUACCUCCCAGUCCAGCGCCAACUGUCCAGACCAGGCGUGGGGUCCUGGUUCCUGUCGAACACUGUCUUAAAAAGCCCUUGAAACCAGCUGCCUUGGGGCUGCCAGGAGAGACGGCCUUGGUGGACAUCCACCGGAACCGGCAAAGCCAGGCUCCCCAGGUCCCUGGAACUUUCCAGGGAACAGAACAAGUACAAACACCAAGGGAAACAUUGGUCAAAGCCCGAGCAAGAGCAGAAAGUCCACCUGUGCUUUCCUCCUCACCUCUUUCUCCAGAGGAGCCAGUUAGCUCUCCUUCAGGUGAUGUGUCUGGGAAGAGUCCAAGUAGGGAGUCUUUGGUGGACUCUCCCCCCGCUAGAGAACUGGAUUGGGAAGUACCCCAGAAAUCACCCGAUGUGCUCUCAACCCCCCCACACAACUCACACAUGCAUCAACCUGACACCCUCGCUCCUCCACCUCCCUCAAAAAUUGCCAAAAGGAACAGAAAGAGUUCAAACCCCGUGGGGAGGCGCUUCCCAGGGCCCCAGCGUAACGCCUCAGGGUCCCCUGUGGGCAGCAUAACUGGUGGCCAGAAGGAAGGGAGCUUCUCCCCAAGGUUUUCUCCGGAAAGCCACGGUGACCCUAGGGCUGGCUUGGGAAGAGACUGGCAUUUCUCCUCCCCUUUGCUCAUUUCCAGUGACACGGACUACCUCACCCUCCGUGAGGAGGCCCCCCAUAACAGGGACCACAUGGGAAAGAGCAUUUCACCAGAACAAGGCCAAGUGCUCCAGACUGCAGUCUGUGACGAGCAGGCCCCUCUGUCUCACCAAGGGAUUCCGCCAUCUCCCCCUGCCUCUGGGUCCAGCUCACCCCUGUUGCCCUCCUGCGGCCUCAGCCACUCAGCUGGCGAAAAGCAGGGCCAGGAGGCAGCACACCGAGAACCCCAGAAUGCCUCCACCAGCCCAAAGACCUACGAGGUUGAGCUGGAGAUGCAAGCAUCUGGCCUCCCGAAGCUUCGAAUUAAAAAGGUUGAAGCGGGUUCUUGUUUGGAUGCCGAACCUCCCUUAAGGAAGGACUGCUGGCUGGGAGAGGAAAGCGCCUUCCCAGAGCUGGGUUCCUGGGGCAGCAGGCCCUCUGCUAAACCCGACAGCAGCUACAUGUCACCCCCCUGCCUCCGCUCCUCGCACAGCACCCCUGGCAAGAGUGGGGGCCAGAUAUACAUCUGCCAGGCCUGGACCCCAACCCGCUGCCCCUCCAGCACCCCUUCUCCUUUUCAAGCAGAGGUUGGGGUACCUUGGACACCGUCGCCCAAGCACAAUGGGAAGACACCUCCGGACACAAUUAAAGACUGGCCCCGGAGAAAGCGGGCAAUGGACUGCAGCGCAGGGGGAGGGGGGAAGGGGGAGGCCAGCUCGGACCUUCCAGGGAUCAGGGCAGCCGAGCAGGAGGAGAUGGAGCGAAGGCCGGAACGGCCCCUCAGCAAGAUUCAAAUCUUGGCGGAUUUUGAACUUGAGGAGGGGGUGUGUCAGCUGCCAGACCAAUCGCCUCCCAGGGACAGUAUACCAAUGACUGAGGACGCCUUCUCUCGGGCACAGUUUGGAUGGGGCUCCCUGAGAAGAUGCCUCUCUGCGAAGGAAGAAGCUGAGGGUUGGGCCCAAAGCACCCACUGUGACAGCCAGAGAGAAGACGGGGAAGGGAGCAGCGGAGAGAGGUCUCUCUGUGCUGGUGGGGGGCAGCUCCCCUCCAUGGGGGAAGGGGCCUUUGUGUCAGGUUCCACCCCGCCCUCCGGCUUCGUGGUCCGGGGCUGCCUUUCUGCCAGUGGUCUCCAGGCGCUGACUCAGUCUCCACUACUGUUCCAGGGAAGGACGCCAUCUCAGCAUACAGACACCAGGGAUGAGGAUCUGGAUGGAUUUGCCUCCAAUGCUGAAGAAUCUCCCUUCAGCCGUGCGUUCUCCAGGAGACGCCCCAUCAGCAGAACAUACACGCGGAAGAAGCUGAUUAGCUAGUUAGCCCAGAACUAGGUCGUCGGACUUGUAAUUAUAGAAACACUACCGAGUGGGUGCUGGGAGCAGCCAUGUCCCUGGAUUGUCAGAAAUAGGACACUGAGACCAUAAAGGAGUUCUUAGCGCUGUGCCCACAAUGGCGGUUCAUCCAACCCAGGCCUUCCUGCUCCACAUGAAAGCUCGGGUCCUGCUGCACUAAAGCAGAGCCAGCGGGUCUGUUUGGCCACAUUGAGAACAGGCCAAAGGUGCAGGGCCGCCAGCCAGGCCCCGCCCUCGCCCACUGCUGGGUUUGUUUUGUUGUCUUUUAUCAGAGUCCAGCUACGGGGCCAAAGUGUUUAUACCCCUCCUGGAAUCCAUCCUCCCUAGGGCUGCCCCUCAGUAGGAAGGUUGAAGGAGAGAGUGAGCAUUGUGGCUGGUGCUUAAAGUCACAGGCAGCCUGGGAGGUCAGGAAACCCAGCAGGGACUACCACUGGGAGUCCCCCACUCCCACUGGGACCAAGUCAGAGGACUGCUGUAUGCCUCCCUUGCUUGUGAAAUGGGAGACAAUACCCUACCUGGGUGGUGCCCUCACCACUGCUGUGGCACAGGGAGUGCUCGGUAAAUGGUACAAACAAGAAUGUGAACCUCCAACUGUGUGGGAGGUGACUGCGUGGACUUUUGCAUCCCCUCUGUAAACUCGCCUCUGGCUGAAUUGUCUGAUGUUCCCAUUUAAGGCCACGGUCCAGCUCUGAUGGUUCCUAGAGUCAACCUGAGUCAGUGGAGGAUGUUAACAGGCCCAGAGUGCCCCAGACCAGUGUGAUGGUCAGUCUUGGCUAGGCACUUGGCUAGCAGGGUGGGAAAUUCAAAACUAUCUUACUCUCUCGAAAGCUUUUGAGGCUGUUGUCCCAGAUGCCACGCCACCCCAAGAUGACUUGUACUAUAUUGUUUUGGUUUUUCUGGGCUUGUACUAUUAUAAAUCAACCUCAAAGUAAAACUCCUGUUCCUUCCUUUAGACAGUUUAUU